UGCCUUGUGCCUGUAAACAAGGGUGCGACAGCAGUUCCAGUCGUCUGGGGAGAGGGGCUGGCUCGACCCACGUGCACAAACCCAAUUUAAGUGAAGGCAUUGAGGCGGGCAUCCAGACUUAGGCUUGGGGCGAAUGGCUGCCGGCGCACCGGCGGGAGUUCCUUACCCGGGAGGGUACCCAGCGCAGCCCUCCCGGGGCUCCCGGUUGCCAUAGCAACCCCACGCGCCCGGCGGGCACGGACGGCGCGCGCCGCGGGGCUUCGCUACUACCGGAAGUGACGUGUUUCACCUGCCGAGCGAGGGCGGGGUGGGAGCGGGCUGCGAGGUGCCGCCGCCGCCGCCAGCCAGUCGGGAGCGCGCGAGGAGCCGGGUGGUCGAGACCCCCGCGUGAGAGCCGCCUACCUGCAGUCGUCGCCCACGGCCGGGCCGCCCCCAUGGCGCUUCUGCUGCGCUUCGUGCUCCUGUGUGGAGUCGCGGAUUUCACCAGAAGUUUGAGUAUCACUACUCCUGAACAGAUGAUUGAAAAGGCCAAAGGAGAAACCGCCUACUUGCCAUGCAAAUUCACCCUCGGUCCAGAAGACCAGGGACCCCUGGACAUCGAGUGGCUACUAUCACCAGCUGAUAAUCAGAAGGUGGAUCAGGUGAUUAUUUUAUAUUCCGGAGACAAAAUUUAUGAUGACUACUAUCAAGAUCUGAAAGGACGAGUGCAUUUUACAAGUGCUGAUCUCAAAUCUGGUGAUGCGUCAAUAAAUGUAACAAAUUUACAGUUGUCAGAUAUUGGCACAUAUCAGUGCAAAGUGAAGAAGGCUCCUGGUGUUGGAAAUAAGAAGAUACAGCUGAUAGUUCUGGUUAAGCCUUCAGGUACAAGGUGUUACAUCGAUGGAUCAGAAGAAAUUGGAAAUGACUUUAAACUAAAAUGUGAACCAAAAGAAGGUUCACUUCCAUUACAAUAUGAAUGGCAAAAAUUGUCCGACUCACAGAAACUGCCCACCGCGUGGCUACCAGAAAUGACUUCAUCUGUUAUAUCUGUAAAAAAUGCUACUACCGAAUACUCUGGGACAUACAGCUGUACAGUCAGAAACAGAGUGGGCUCUGAUCAAUGCCUGCUGCUCCUGGAUGUUGUUCCUCCUUCAAAUAGAGCUGGGACAAUCGCAGGAGCUGUUAUAGGAACUGUGCUUGCACUAGUGCUCAUUGGUCUUAUUGUCUUUUGCUGUCGUAAAAAGCGCAGAGAAGAAAAAUAUGAAAAGGAAGUUCAUCAUGAUAUCAGGGAAGAUGUGCCUCCUCCGAAGAGCCGUACGUCCACUGCCAGAAGCUACAUCGGCAGCAAUCACUCAUCCCUGGGAUCCAUGUCUCCUUCCAACAUGGAAGGGUAUUCCAAGACUCAGUAUAACCAAGUCCCAAGUGAAGACUUUGAACGCGCUCCUCAGAGUCCAACUCUCCCAACUGCUAAGGUAGCUGCUCCUAACCUCAGUAGGAUGGGAGCGGUACCCGUGAUGAUUCCGGCGCAGAGCAAGGAUGGGUCCAUAGUAUAGAACCUCUGUACCCUCCAUCUGUGCUCUCCUGCCGAAGUAUGAACACCUGUUUUAAAUUUUGCUACCAGCCUCAAAAUAUAUAUAUAAAAGUUAACCAAAAGCUGUAAGAAUAAUACUUCAAAAAGUUCUGUUUGGUUAUAUUGAAAUAGUAAAGGCAUUAAGGUUCUAAGGACAAAUUGCACCAUCUAAAUAAUAUUUCCUUUAAGAGCUUGACUUUAUAGGUUUCUGAAUAUCAAUACUUAGGUCAGAUGUGGCACUUUGAAUAUGGCAUCAUAGGUGAAGAAAUACAUUGGUGAACUUACGUGCACACCGAAUUGAUACUUGAAUAAUCUGAAAGUGGUACUUUAUAAUUUCUGCUGUUAUUUUUAGAUUGCUCUUUUCAAUUAAUUUAUGACCCAGUAGUGUGUCUCCCCGCCCCUACCCCCAAAUUGGUAAAGAAAGAUUCAUAGCAAAACUACUUAUAUACAUUUACGUUCGUUCUUGUGUUUGCUUCUUUGAAAACUCUAAAUGUGUUUGAAGUGUCUCCAAUAACUAGAAAACACUACAGUAUUCUAGAAAUCACCAGUUCCAAGUAAUUCAUAAACCUUGUAUAUGAAAUGACUUCUUAAUUAUUUAAUCAAUAGAUUGUUGUGGGCAGCAGGAACACAGUAAGCUCUUUUGUUUGCUAAAAUAAAGGAGCAUCUAUCUGAUUCAUGUAGAAAAUUUGCUGUCAGCCACGUAUAACAAUGACACUAGUGAUACAAUCCUGAGGAUGAGUUUUACUGAUUAAUGUUCCAAUGCCCUGAGGCCUGUGGUGGUGGUCAGAACAGUGAUCUGCUGUCAAGGAAAUUUUGCAGUUUCCAAGUAAAUGCUGGCCCUCCACUUCAGAUGAUAUUUUUCUAAUAAGAAAAAAUUAUAACUCAUUUAUUAUUUGACAAUUUUAGAUUGUUAUUCCCUAAUUAUUGGUUCUAAAUUUAAUGUUUUUUUUUUUUUCUGGUUCAGUGUUUUGCUUUUGUCAUGGUGUUGUGUAUUAUAUGUUCUAGAAAUGUAAUCUUAAAUUACCCUCUUGAAUGCAGUUCCUGGUGGAAAUUUUCUUCAUAGACUUAGAAUGAUGAAAUACAUUUUUAAACUAGUAAGUGUCCUCUAUCAAUUCUGUAUUUCAGACUUGGGAGGAUGUACAGUUACUAUUGUAUGGCCAACCUGUGUAGUUGCAGAAAAUCAAGUUGAGCUUUGAAAAGUUUGUCUUAGUUUUGUGGAAGUGACUUAAUCUUUAAAAAGGAAAAAAGAAAAAAAAAACAGAAGAAGAAGAGAAAUGAAAGGAAAAGGAGUAAAAGGAAUACUCCUACCUGCCAAAUGUGUUAAAUACUGUUUAAGUAGAUGAAAGUGAACUUAUUGUAUUUCCCUUAAGAUUGUGAGGGAGUGUGGAUUUAGUAGAAUGAGCCAACAGUUUCUUUAUAGUAAUAAGGUCUGCAAUAAAUUAUUUCACUAGCUCUACAACCUUUUCCCUAGAUUUUCAUAGGGAGCUGGUUUCUGUUCAUCUCUGGGUGCUGUGGUGGUGAUGCUACAUUAUGAAUUAAUGUUGGCAUGAAUUUACGAUUAGGCAGAGUAUUGUAUACACUUUUUAAUGGUAAAUUUAAGCUGAAUGUGUAAUGGAUUCGUGUAUAGUUAUACAUAUGUGGAAGCAUUUUUAAAAAUAGGUUUUUAACGUUACAGAAUAUUGCUUUUAUACUUGUGUUAACAUUUUCAUCUGUGCCUUUUGGGUAAUUUAGUUUUUAUUAUGAAUUUCUGGUGCCUAUGAGCAAGCUAUCACCUGAAAGGUGCUUAGAGGUGAAGGUACUGUUCCUAAAAAUGCAUCACUGUGAUAUCUUUCUAUCCUCAUACUUUCAACCUUGCCUCUUUUCUGUUCUGUUCUUUUUAGAUGCAAGUUAAUUGAUUGUGUUACUCAUAAAGUUUUUAAAAUUUCAACAUCCUCUACACUCUUUGACUGUGUUUCUGAUUUUAUAACAAUAACUAUUUUUGAAUACCAAACCUUUGGUCUGUUUUAUAUGAAUAAAAUUUAUAGGAUAUUAUAAAAUAAAUAACAGCUCAGACAUUGCUAAUAAAAAUUUUGUUCUUCCCUAUUCCCAGUUUUCAUAUAAUGAAAAUUAUGCUAUCAAUCGUAAGUAGAAAUUACUACAAAAAGUGGACGUAUAUAAGGCUUUCCUUUCAUUAGACUUUGUAGUUAGUCUAGGAUUUGGCUGUGAAUAAAGCAGAAUCUCUUCCAGAAAUGCUUCCUUCUAGUUCUGGGCUAUUACCAUCUGCAGCCUGAGAAACAAGCUCAGAAAAAAAAAAAUACUGUUGUGACCUAUUGGAUGUGGUUGAGUUUAGAGGACAGAACUCAGUUUUAGGUUUAUGUCUCCAGCUACUCGUAAAUUUCAGUGACUCCAAAAGUCAGAUAGUACUGAUAACUGCCUAAAUAAUUCUCACUGGUAGUUUCCGUUGAACUGGAGAUCAAAUAUUUGUUCUAGAAUUACUGUUGGUAAUCAAGUCAACCAAAAAUUGCUGUUUAGCCAAACAUCAGUCAAGGACAGCACUGAACCUUCAAAGCAGCACUGUUUUAUUUCACUUUAUACGGAAGAGACUUGACACCAUCUUUUUGCGUUAUGCCGGAUAACUUCAAAAGAAAUAUCAUAGAGAAUGUAAUUCUGUGCUUUGAAUAUGUAAAUCACAGGUGUUCUUUUUCUUGUGGCAAACUUACUGAUAUUCCUAAAUAUCAGUAAAAAACAAAAACAAAGCCUUAUUGAUUAAACUGGCCAGUUAUUCCAGGCAAAUAACUUUCUUUAAAUUUGGGCUAUCUGCCGUGGAGUUGUUAUAAUGGAAACACAGACUGAGUUUGUCUUGGGGGAGGUUAAUUCAAGAAACAAAUAUUAUUAGUAUGAAUUAAUACCUGAUUUUUAUUUAAAAGAUAGUUUUUAGGAUUGAGUUCUGGAAAUUUGGAGUAAGUAAAGGGGCAAAGAAAUAUUUUGAUUGGAUAUGAAAAGAACUCAUUGCAUGAAGUUGGAUAUCAAAUUCUGUAAUGUACGGCUUCUUAACUAACUAUUCUCUUUGUGUGUGUUGCAGCAUGUAAAUUUGAAGUUAUAUGAAUGUUUAAAGCUUUUUUUCUAAUCUCUUUUCAUCUCCACAGUGUUUAGGGCUUUCAGAUGCCUUAUUCCAGCGUGAACAGAACAAGUCUGUAUUUUUUGUGGUUACUGCUUUGAUGUGUCAUGUAAGGAGUAGUUUGUAGAAAAUGUUGGCACAAUUUUAACUUUCUAGUGGCUUGUGACUUUAUAUAUUAUAUAUAUGUAUAUAUAUAUAUCUUUAUAAUAUUCCUGUGUUAAGUAGUAUAAAUGUUCUGGGCAAGUUUUAAUAUUUCAAAUGCCUUUGGAUAUUCUUGUAAUAAAGGCAACAUGUUCUGUAGUUAGAUUUUCGUACUCAUUUGACACUAAACUGGUCCGUCACUGAGCACAAAUUCUACCUAAUAGAAGCAGGAAAGAAUAAUAAAUAAAUUGGUGAAUUGUGGUUCUUUUUACCUUGCAGAUGGUAGCACCAGCAAAUGUUUGCUGCAUUUGGCUUCUUGUUGUUCAUUAAAAUUCAGUUUUACAAAAUACACUAUUUUGUAAUUUCAGAGUGUGGUGAAUAUCAGUUGGGUUUGGUUUUGACCCUGAACACUAAAAGCUCCAAAGAACUCUGUUUUCUACUAACUUAUUUAAUGACACACGUGUUAAGAGAACCACAGUUCACUGAUUCACUUAUCUCUUAACUGUGAAUUUUUGUGACAAAUACACAUGUACUACUGGGAAGUAAUAUUCUGACACUUCACAUAUGCAAGUAGAGAAUUGAUAGUGUCAGUUUCAAAAAUGACUUUUUGUAUUUCAGGUUUCUGGCUUAAAUAUCCAAUGGUGCAGAUUUUGAAAUUUGUAAGAACAAGAUUUGGUUUAAAAAAAGCCAAAAACUUGCUCUAGUUUUGUGACCUUGUAUACUUUUAAAAUAAAAUCAAGAAAGCAGUU